AUGCCUCCUGGCAGAAGGCCCAGAGCCACCGGCACCGCCAAUCAGGCCCAGGCACCCGUGCCACGGAGCACACGCGCGAGCAAGCCGCCACAGAGACUAGGGGCUGCAGUUCCGGCUCAGAACAAUAAUAAUGCGGCGGGGCCUGCGAAGAGGGGUCGUGGGAGGCCAAAGAAAGGGCAGGAGAAGGGACGCAAGCGAAGACGCGCUGCUUCGUCUGACGAUAAAGAUGAUGGCGACCAGGAUGAUGGCGAUGGGCGACCUGCGAAGAGGCGACAGAAGGGCCCCAUAUUCAACGUUUACUUCAACGGCCUCAAGGGAAAGAGUGGACGGAGAACAGGCAAGGGCGACGCCGUCUACCACUGGGUCACAAAGCGGCGUUGGCCAAAGGGGAUGGGCGGCGCCGCUGCAAGUAGUGACGACGAUGGCGACGACGACGACGACGACGAUUAUGAUGACGAGGCCGACGGAGGCGCUGGCGGACGAAACUCGCAGAGCUCCUCGCGGUCCAGAUGGACCAACUUCCUGCAGGUCCAGAGCAGUUACGGGUACGAAGGCUGGAACGGAAUCCACCAGGAAGACUUGAAUCUCCUUACGGCGCUCGCUGCGCGCGACUGCGCGACUCCGCAAGGCACAGUCUUCGACGCGAAUACGUUGAGGUAUCUUGAUCGGACGAAACAGUCUGGCACCCACACCGGCCUCGCCGCGCUGGUAUUUCCGCUUAUCGUCCCGUUUGCUGGUGUCGAGGUCCUGCGUGGCGCUGUCCCCUUCAACUAUUUACUCGACCUGAUUGACCAGACGUGGGAUGCGUGCCCGCCGCUCGAUCUCAAUACACAGAGGUUCUGGAAGAUCCCGGGGUCACGGCCUUAUUAUACCGCCGGGUUUUCACGACGCGUCGGGCUUAGCGAUGCGCAGAGCACACUGCUUGAGCCGUAUCUCAGCACCGACGCUAACACUUCAACAUUCCAGGCUUCCUCCGACAUUAUCUUUCCAUUCCUUACUGCAGAGGGAAAGGAUUGUCACGGGUCCAUCAAGGAAGCGGACAAGAAGACCCUCCACCACAUGACCCGCGCGAUGAAAGGCGUCGUUGACCUAUUCAAAAAAGUGAAACGCGAAAAAGAGUUGGAUUGCAGGAUUCUGGGAUUUUCGAUCUCGUUUGAUUAUGAGACGGUGAAAAUCCAUGCUCACUACCCCGUGGUCACCGAAAAGAGUGAUACAACGAAGGUAGAUUAUCACCGCCAUGAGGUCAACAAUUUCAGUUUCACCACCCAGAACGGCAGGGACAGAUGGACUUGUUAUAAGUUUGUCAUGGCCAUCUAUAAUGAUUGGGUCCCCAAGCAUUUCGAACGGCUAUGUUCCGCAAUCGACCAGUUGCCAGUGUUUGAUGUGGAUGCAGAUGGAUCAGGGUCGGGUGACGCUGCUGACGCUUCUGACACUGCUGGUGCUGCCGUUGCCUCUGGUGCUCUUGGUGGUGCUGGUCCUUCUGGUGCUGCCGGUCCUUCUGGUGCUGCUGCUCCUGUGGCCUCAGGUGCUCUUGGUGAUGCUGGGCCCUCUGGCGCGGCAGCCUCGGGCAGCUAG